AUGAGCAAAUAAGUUUCAAAUUAAAAUAUUGUCUUUAUUCAGUCUCGUUCGCCAACAUAAAGCAAAUUGAUUAACAAUUUCGUUCAAGAAAGGGAUACUCCGAUGAGCGGUUUAAACAUAGAUGAGCAUUAAUAAAACGAUAAGAAUUUAUUUCAUACUAUUAGACAAUUCCCAUAAGCAUAAGCACUUAUAAGUGAUCAUUCAAAUUAGCAUCAAACCAAUGAAGAUGGUAUAUUAGAAAGUCAUUCUUUAGCUCCUAAAGAUAUUUUGGAGUAAUAAAAAAAAGCAAAGCUCGAGCUGUUUAAAUAAAGAAGUCUUAUGAAGUAGCCCACUAUUUUUAGAAAUUAGGAGAAUGAAGAAAAAGAAGAUCAACAAGGAGAAGAAAAGGAGGGAAUAUCAUAAGACAUCAAUUUAAAAUAUGGUGAUAUAGUAUAUUUUAAGUACUACAGAGAGCAAUCUAAGGGAAUUGUUUCAGGUGAUGGUAUUGCUGGUAAUAAGAUAGAAUGUGUAUCUGUGGGAAAUAUUAUUAAGUCUGGUAGCGAAGAGCAUUUUAAUUAGUAAUAAAGUGUAAAUGGCGAGGGUGAUGAUUUUGAUGAUAUAGAUGAAAAAUAAGGCUAUGCCAAUUAGAGUAAUGACCCGAAUUACAAAAGAUAAAUUCUAAAUAAGAAAGCAUCUCUAUAAUUUAGAAAAUGUUUAUUUAGGGUGACAAAUUCUAAGAAAUAUUAUUAUUAAAACUUGUACAAUAUUGAGUUAAAAAACAUGAAAUCAUCUUCAUACAAAAGCAAAAAUCAGCAACAGAAAUUAACAGACAUUGAGCAGAAAAUGAGGGAAGAGCAAGAGGAAAACUAAAGAGCAUAUUAACAUAAGAUGGGAACAAAUGUUAUUUAUGGAUAAGAAAUAUAAUUAGAACAUAUAUAUAGCAAAUGCAUUGUCACCUUAAAUCCUGACGUAUUAGCAUAUGAGCACUGCUGCAGAGAGCUAAGCUUAGAAGAAAUUCCAAGCUAAUGGUCUAACUUUAUAAUUACUUCUUCUAAUAAUGCUAAAAAAACCGGUGAACCCGUAAUGUAUAAAGAAUAAAUCAGCAUAUACAGCUCUGAGAACCCUUAUUACUGGAUUAAUAUACAAUAAAGCUAAUCUAGUUCUUCAGAUGAUAACACUGAAGCUGUUACUGAUUUAUUUGAUGAAGGACUUGAAGUUAAUUGCACUGAUCGUUCUGCUUCAAUGAAAUUAAGCUUAUAUUUAGGAGUAAACGAACAAAAAGAGCGUUCAGAACAAAUGGAAUAGCAGGAAAAUUAACCAAUUCAAAUCGGUGAUGUUGUUUACAUAUACAACAGAAUCGUUAAGGGUAGGAUUGGAGUUGCGAGAAAGAAUCAAUCUUAAGAAAAUGACUCUCAGUUUUAAAUGAAAAGAGUUGAAUUAAAGUUAGAAACGAAUGACGAUUUUAAGCAAAGAAAAGGAUUAGAAAUUUAAGUGUUAAAAGUAGAAGACUACACUAAAAAUAUAUCUUCUUAAUAUGAGUUUUUUAUUGAUACAAGUGAAGAUGAAAAAAGAAUCGAAACUCUCUGGGAGAUUUAAAGGGAAAGAAACUUUGAUUCAUCAUUAGCAAGCCAUGAUGAUAACUAUCGUAUUAAAAACAUAUGGACUGGACUCUAUCUCUAUUUGAAUGAUAACGAUGAAAUAGAUUUAACUCUAGAAGGUAAUUUAGAUAAGACCUUUUUCUCGAUCAAGCCUAAAAGAGUUUUAUAGCUUAUAGAGAAUACUCUUGUUUAUCAAUAACCUGUUAAGAUUCUCUAAUCUCUAGUUGAUCACACAAUGUACCUCAGGGUUAAAGAGGAUCCAAAUGAAGAGGAUGAGUUUAAUUAUUUUAAUUAAAGAGGGAAGCAAUCAGCAAAGAAGUUAGGUUUGAUGAGAAAUUAAUGCAGGCUUCUUGAAGAAAAACCUAAAAUUGUGAAUACAAUAUCUUCUUAUAAUAUUAAAAAAGAUAAAAGAGGAGAAAUAGAGUUCGAAUUUAUUAGAGCGGAUCCUAAAUUAAUAAAUCUUGCUGAUAGAGUCUCAAGUCUAUUCCCUUAUCUAAUGAAUUUCUACAUCUUUUUGCUUCAUUGGGGUAAUAGAAUCUAAAAGAAUCCAGGUAGCAAUGAGGAGUGGUAUUAUGAGUACUUUAAAGCCUUUGAAUAACAAAAAUACUUGUAUAAUUAUGUCUAGCAACUUUAUCAAAGUAUUGAAAAUCUUGAAGAUUUUUUAAAACCAGAUACAAAUUUAUAUGAGAGAUAACGCAUCUUACUAGAUGCUGGUAUAGUAGAGAUUUUGCUUUUAACUUUGAAACUCAUUCAUUAUAAAAUAUACUGCCAUUGCGAAAUUGACAAUUAGAAUCAAUUUUAAGAAUAAAAAAACAUAAAUGACAAGCUCAACAGUAUUCCAGAUAGAACUGCUUAAAAGAUUGCUUCUAUAAAACUUUUAAAAACAAUUAGUGUGCUCUAUGAUAUACUAAUUAAAUGCAUUCAAGGAAACUCUCAAUGCUCUUCAUUUGUCCUCAAAAUGCAAAAAGACAAUUUCCUAUUUAAUUAAAUAAAAUUUCACAAAUCGGAAGUAGUAAUGCUUCUCAAAGAAGCAACAAGAUAUGUAGAUGGUGACCAAAAAGAACAAAAUGUAGAAAAUAUGAAAAAAUGGGUAAGUAAAAUUUAACAAAUUUCAGCCGCAAAUGUUCAAGAGUAAACAUUCAUCAUCGAGCUGCUUUGUUUAUCUAUUACUGACCAUUUAGAGUAACCAAUUACUGAGUAUCAAAAUUCCUUAAGAAAACUACUCUUUAACUAGCCAAGGCGCUUUAAGGAUGACGAUGAUGACGAUGCAAAUGGUAAUGAGCGUGUUAAAUUUUCAGGAAAGUAAAGAGAGAGAAAAUAUACUGGAUUUUUGAAAAAAUCUCAUUUGCUUAGCUUUAAAAUUGAAUAAGAUUCUCCUUAUAUAAUAUUUAACUUAUUGAAUUCAAAUAAAAGUAAAUUCGAAAAUGAUAAUCAAGAUUUAUACUACACUGGAAAGAAGGGUGUUGUAAGAGAUGAUGAGAAUAUCAAUCACUUCCCUUUUGAUCAUAUAAAUGGAUCUCAAGUAAAAGGUAAAACUAACACUCAGCUCUAGUAAAGCAUUGAAAAGUAUGAAGUUUAUGUCUUAGAAGUUCUUAACUUAUACUCACUACUUUCUGCUGGAAGAAAUAUGAAAUCUAUCAAAUGUCUCUAAACAUUAGGUUUAACUAAGAAUUUUAUAUACAAAUGUCUUCAAUCAAAGAAAAUAGAUGGAAGUCAUUUAAGAUAAUACAAAAGCAUUUUAAAUUUAUAUGACAGUUUUAUCCUAAACGUAUCUCCCUUCACUCCUAUAACAGGAUAUCAUAAUCUCGUUUUCCAAAAUAUAGAUUUUAAGGAUUUUGAUCCUAAGAAAUAACCAUCAUUUCAUCUUUUUAGAGAAAUCGUAGUUAAUUAAGAAACAAAAAACUCCAUCAGAGAUGAAUACUAAAAGUUGGUUGAUAAAAAUUCAUUGCAAGCUCAAGAAAAUGACUCUAAUCUCCUUUAAUUAUAUGCUAAGUGUAUUGUGGAUAGAGAAGAAUAAUGGUAUAGAGAAUCUAAAACAAAUCCAGAAAAAAGACAUCAAAUAUCAUCUUUAAGAAUUUAAGAAGAAUUAACUAUUUAUACUAAGGAAGAAAGAAACAAAAUUAUAGAAAAAUUGAAUCACGAAAUUAGUUUACAGUAAAAUCCUAAUGCAGACAAAGCAAAGCUCUCUAAAUUUAUGAUGGAAACAUUCCUAUAGAUGCUUAAGAUAGUAAAAACACGUAUAAAUCUAGGUUAUAACACUCCAGAAUAGAAUUAAAGAAUUAUGGACAUUAUUCCAAAUAUUUUCAUGGCUUUGAUUGAAUAUAAGGAAGAAAUGUAAAAUGUAGCUAUUUAAAAUGACUUAACUGAAAUAGCUGCUGCUGCUCAUAAGAAAGACAAAAGAAAGAAUGCUGCUGAAGCUGACAGAUUCAAUUAGAAUUGGAUUUAUGCUUUCAUGAGAUAUAAUCUCGAGUAUUCCUUUGAUGAUCUAAUCACAACUAAAAUUUUUAUUGAAGCAAUUACUAUAGUAAAUAUAAUUACGAAGCUUAAUAUGUACUUAUAUAUUGUGGAAGUCAUAUAAUCCAAGAAAUACUUUACAGAUGACAGCUUAGAGUUUUUUUACUAAUUCAAAUUUUCUUUAGAAGAUUAAUAAAAAAUAAACAGAAGCAACGGAGUUAAUUUAAAUGUGCUCAUAAUGCAGACUUUGGAGUAUUUAAAGAGAGAUCCUAUCCUUGAGUAGACAAUGUUCAAAACUCUGAUUAAGAAUUUCGAUUACCUAAAAGAUCUGCAAAAUUAAAUGUUAGAAGUUGAAAUCAUUGAAGAUUUAUAAGAAAUAGAAAUUUACAAAGAUGUGAAUGGCAUAACAGAAAAUAACUAAAAUUCUUAAAGAUCACCCUAAGAUAUUAAAUUGAUGGUUUUUAAAACAAUUUAGUAUUUCUAAUUCCUUGAAGUGCUACUAAAAGAUAAAUUCUUUGAAAUAAAAGUAAAAGAUCUAAAAGACGAGGAGGAGGAAAAAAUUUAUGAAUCAAAAUUAACAAAAAUAAAUGAAUUAGAAUAGAGUUUUGACCAACUAAACCUUGCCAUAGACUACUGCAUCUCUCUCUUUUCAAAGAAAAUUGCUGUAGAAGGAACAAAAAAUAAGCAAUAACAUUACAAGUUAUAGCUCUAAAAUAUUUUUAGGCACUCUCGUAUACCUGAAUACUUGCUAAAUUUACUUGAUAAAGUCCCAUAAUACAAUUCAGUAUUCAUCGAAUUUUACAGAAAAUUAAUAAAAUUCUUUGAGCAUUACACUGAAGAUAAUAUGACAAAUAAACGCAAAUUAUUGGACUAUAUUACAAAUAUAAUGAAUUUAUGUCUUGUUCCUAACACACUUAUAGCUACACCAGAAAAACUAAGCGAUAAAAUACAAACUCCAAUUUAGCCUAUAAAAAUUUCCAAACUUUGCAUUUAAUUACUUGAAGAAAUAAAAGACGAUGGUACUAUAAUAAAAGAUAUUAUCAAUCAAAUAAUAAAUUUAAUAGAAGAAAAUAAUCCUUUUAAUGUUAGCAAAGAUAAAUUCAGCAAUUAGAAUUGGAAACAAAUGAAAUAUAAAAUUUAUAGGUUUGGAGUGGAUGAGUUAAAAUGCUUGGCACUCAUUCAAUACUUCAAAAUUUUGAAGUCUUUAACUUUUGCCCAUAAUAAAAAGCCUAUCUAAUCUAAUUAGCUUUAAAUUUUAAAUAAUUUUAUGCAUAAAAGAGUGCUAACUGAUAUUGUUUAGCCCAUCAUUGAAAGUUAUUUAACAAGGUUCUAAAUAAAAUUUGAAUCUCAACCUGAAUACCUUAAGCUCAAGCUGCAUACUUAAGGUAUUAUCUUACUUGCAUAUUGUUGCAAGGACUUCAAAAUUGGUAUUUAAGAAAUUCAGAGAUUUGUGAUGUUCGAUACACUUAAAGCUAUUAUUGUUAGUCAGUAUUCACCUUUUAUGUUGAAGAGAGCUUACUUAAAAUGUCUAUUCGAAGCUUAUGUGAAUAAAGUUUAUGACAUAGAAAAAGACAGUUCAAAUGAAACUAUUUCAAACAUUGAGCUAAACGAUAUACUAACUUCUGAAAUAAUACCAAUACUCUCUGUAACAACCUCCUAUAAAUACUUACAAGGCUUGAUAAUCCAUAACGAAGAAAAAGGUUAGGAAGUGAAGGGAUUAAGAGAUAAUGUAACUAGAAAUAAAUAUAAAAUUUUCAAAUCAAAUAAGGAUUAUGAAAAAGCUAUAUGGGCAGACGACUAAAAAAAGAAUGAUGAUUAAGAAAAUAUUUAAGAAUAAGGCAUUGUAAAAGAUGUAAGUGAAUAUUGGAAAUAUUUAUUUAAAGAAGGUGUUAUUCACUUCGUUAUUGAUAGUUUUGAUGAGUUUAGCGAUAUCUUAGUAGGUGAUUAGAAGGAUGCUGAUUAUUAAGGUUCAGUCCUUAGUAACUUUUAAUUCAUUGGAAACUAUUUACAAAAACUCUAUGAAUAAAUUGAAAUCGUUGAAAAAGAAUUUAAAGUUAUCAGCAUCCAGCAAAAAACAUAUGUAGAUUUUGAAUUGAUGAGAAAUGUAUUAGACAUCAUUCCGAUUGGUAACCCAAAGAAAAGUGGAACUCAUUUUAUUAUUGACAAGAACAAAGAAGAAAAAAAUUAGGUUGUUAAAUUAAAUAUAAACAAUUAAGAGCAAGCAGUAGAAAACAAUAAUGCAGGUAAAUAAGAAAUUAAUGUUGCAGAUUAUGUUAAAGAUUUGGAAUAGAUCGAAGUUUAAAAACAAUUUAAAUUAUAGCUUGUUAGAAAGAGAAUAAAACUAUAAGAAUUCUUAUACUAGUUCUACACUUAUUUCCAUGAUACUAAAUCUAUAACGAAGGCUCUUUAUCUAGCUUUAAAUGUGCAAAAGCUUAUUUUUAUUCCUAGUUAAAUUAAUCAUAUACUCAAGAAAUAUUGCAACUACGAAGAAAGAUAUUAAAAUUAACUUUCUUUAAAUAGCUUAUCUAAAAAAAAGAUUCAUAGCUAAGCCUAAGACUUAGAGGAUUAAGCAAAGUAAGUUAUGGGUACUUUGUAUUAGUUAGCCACUAAAUCUUUUAAAAAUGAAGCAGUCUAAGAUCCAGUUGAUCUUAGUAUAGUAAAUAAUAUAAUAUUAAGUCAUAAGAAAGCACGUUCAUAGUAGGCAUAAAUUGAUUUUAUCAAAAUUUAAUUUAGUAAAAUCAUUAAGUUAAAUAUCAAAGAUUAGUUAAAUAUCCUUAAGAAGUCUGUCAUAGACUAAGAAGUAGAAAAAGAUUUAUUACAAGCAAAAUCUAAUCCUUACAGACUAGAGGCUUUGAAGGGUAAAUACUCUUAAGAUAUAGAUAAUUGUAUUGCUGACUAUGAAGUAUAUGUAAAAUCAAACGAUGAAGAUUUAAAAGAAGAUAAAUCACCUCUCUUUAAUAAAUCAAAGACUUUACUUAAUAAUAAAAUUAAUGGAAUCUCUAAUCCUAAUCCGAUUCUAGAUAAAAGCUCAAAUGUUGCUCGUUAUGACGAUUUAGAGGAAGAAGAAGAACUAACAAAAGUUGAGCUCUUUUGCUUGGAUAGAAUGAUGGUUGAUUCCUAAAUUACUUUAUUUUUAAGAGAUAUCUAAUAAGAGCUUAAUAUUUAUGGAAUAGAUAACCCAAAUGAAUAAGAAGAUGAAUUUUUGGAAGAGCUUCAAGAUUUAGAAGAAGAAGAAAAAUUUACAUAUCAAGCAAAUUCAGAUAUUAAUCCCCAAAGAAGAAUCUUCUAAUCUUAUAUUCAACUCUUUUCUUAAGUAUUUGAAGAAAAAAAAUAUUAUUUAGUUAAAAUUGUUAGACUUCUGCUUGAAGUUGUUUAAAUAGAUGAUUUAACUAUGAGUUAACUCACUUCUACUCACCAUAGAGAGAGAAAAAGAGCUAAAAAUAAAUUUGAUCUCCUUCAACUUUGUCAAUCAGAAGUUGCAGGAUAGGAGAUAUUUAUUCAUGCCUUAAAUUUAAUCAAAGUUACUUCUACAUAUGAUGAGCUUUAAGAAGGGUUGACUUUUAUGAUUUGUAUGUUAAAUAGAGGUAAUCAAUUUGCAUAAAAUUGUGUUCUCAAUUAUCUUAAGAAAAAUACCGAUAGUCUAGUUGAUUUCUUUUCUUUCUUAAGAAACUUCUUUAAUCAAGAAAUUACUUAGCAAAUUAAGGGCAUGUUUGAUUAAUAGGCUAUUUCAAAUAUCCCAACUGAAUUUGAAAUUCUUGCUUUAAAGAUUCUUAGACUGAUUUAGCUUUUCUGUGAAAAUGUAAAUGAAGAUUUCUAAUACUUUUUGAUGAAAUAGAUUGAGGAUGAAACGACUUAAAUUUCUAAUUACAAUGUCAUAUUAGAAGUGUCAACCUUCCUUUCUAUAUUCCUCGAAGAUGAUUUGCUGCAAAUGGGUCGUAAAUAGAAUAUUAUUAUCCAGUGUAUUGAUACAUUAAAUGAGUGUAUUAGUGGGUAGCAAGAAGUUGUUGAUUGUGUUGCUUAAAACAAAAGAUUGUUCAUCUAUCUAAAUGAAAAAAUUAUAAGAAACAAUUUCAACUUUGCCCAAAAAAAAAUUGUAAAUCCUACAAAAGAUGAAUUAAGAAGAUUUGAAAAUUACACAGCUAAUUUAAAGAAGAACUUAGAACUUUUCUAGAGUGCUAUUAAAUUUAUUCUUACAAUAGUCAGUGGUGUUUCAAAGAGCGAGCAUCUCGAAUUUUUGCUUGAUUAAGUUUAAACUAAUAAAUUAAUUAGGAUGAUUGAUCAAAUUUAUGAAUAGAGAAUCAAACCAAAAGAAGAUUAUGUUCAGAUGGGUUAAGUAUGCUAACAUUUAAGCUAAGAUAAUGAUGAUGACGAUGAUGAUAAUGGUAAAAUAUUCUGUAGUGAAGAUUUUUGCAUUGAAGGAAAAGUUACAUUAAUCGAUCAGCUAAUCAUGUCAAUUGGCUUUAAUGUAUUUAUUUUCUUCUAUUACAUUAGAGACGCUUUCCCAGACUAUUAAGAUAAAUUGUUGGCAUUCCAUUUAGAUGAGAAGAAAGAUUUGGAAAUAAAUUUAGAUUUAUCAGAUUUUGGUCUUUCUGCUAAACCAUAAGAAGAAAAAAUAGAUGAAAAGAAACAAAAUCAAUAAGUAUUAAAGAAUAUCAGAAAAUAAAAAUCUUCUCGUAAUAAUUCAAUUAGAGCUAUUUCUAAUUCGAAAGGUUAAUCUGGAAUUACUAAUGAAGAAUAAGAUGAUGAUAGCGAAAAGGAUUAAAAUGAACAAGACGAAGAGGAAGGUCCUAAAAAAUCUUAAGAAAACAUUAACGAAGAAAUUGAUAAAUUUAGUGCACGUAAAUUGCUCUCAAAGGGUUUAGCUCAUUAGAUACUAAAGGAUAUAGCUACUCUAGAAAAUAACGAACCAAAUGAUUAGUAAAAAGACACUAAUGAAAAUAUAUUUACAGGAAAGUCAAAAUAUCAACAUAUUUUUGACGAGCAUGUUGAUGACUCAUAUUUAGUAAAGGAUAAAAACAGAGAUUACUUUAAAUUCUUUAAAAAUUUUGUUGGUUCUGUGGAAAUAUCAAAUUAACAUGAUAUUCUUAAAAAAGUGUACUUCUAGAAGCCAUUUUACACAAAAUAUCUCACUCCUGACAUCAAAAAGCACUUGGUUUAUGAGUCAGAUAGAGAUUCAGAUACAGAAAGAUUAAUGUUUUUAAUAGAUCACGCUACUUACUACGAGGAAUAAAUGAUUCACAAAUAAAAAAUAUCAUAAUGGGGAAUAUUCUCUUAUGUUGCAGAUAAAUGGAGAUUAUAUAAAUAAAUAUCUUACUAUUUAGUUGUGGCUUUAACAAUAAUUACUCUUGCAACUUUUGGUUACACAGAAGAGACUGAUAACGAUGUUGCAAACAGCUCAAACAAUGAAAAUAUCAAAAAUACAUUUGUAGUUGUAUCUUAUAUUUAAUUAAUACUUAGUUUUGCUAUCUUAGUAAGCUGUGCAAUUGAAAGAUUCCCAAUUUCAGUUUAUAGAAAUGUAGAGAGCUAAGUUUAUGAAACUAUUUAAAGGCAUAAAAAGAAUGCAGGUUUUCCUGAUGACAGUAUUAGUAGUGUGUACAACUUAAUAGCGAAUAAACUAUAUAAUGUUCUUUCAAUUAAAAAUGCAAAAUCAAGCUUAUAUGUUAAAAUUUUAUUAGUAUGCUUUGAUAAAGAAAACAUAUACAAUCUUUGUUAUUUGAUAAUAACAGGAUUCGCUUUUUCCAACAAUCUCAUUUAUGCUUUCCUUCUCUUAGAUAUAGUAAAGAGAAGUGAAGAUUUGCAAAAUGUCAUCUCUUCAAUCACUAAAAAUGCUCUCAGUUUGCUUAAAUUCAGUUUUUUAGGUUUGGUUAUCAUGUACAUUUAUGGUAUUAUAGGUAAUCAAUCGUUUAAAGGCGAUUAUCAGCCUGAAAAUGGAACCAUAGGUGAUACAUUUAUCCUAACCAUCACUUCAACAAUAAAGUAAGGUCUUAAAAAUGGUGGUGGUAUAGCUGAAAGUUUACGUUCAGUUGACUAUGAUGAACACACUUUUUGGUCUCGCUACUUCUUUGAUUUGACUUUCUUUAUAGUUAUUAAUAUGCUCUUUAUUUAGAUGAUUUUUGGUAUCAUUCUCGACACAUUUGGUGAGUUAAGAGAUAACAGAUAAGAAUUGCUUGCUCUUGUCACAGACACUUGCUAUAUUUGUGGUUUAAGCCGUAGAUUUGUUGAAGCUAACAGUGAUGAAGAUUGGUAUCAUCACAUAUAUAUGGAACAUAACUGCUAUAAUCUUCUCUUUUACAUUAUUUACAUAAGAAGAAAAAGUGAAAACGACUGUGAUGCCUUAGAGAAAUAUAUUAAAAAAUGUUUAGAUAGGAGUGAAGGCGAAAACAAGUUGCAACUUAAGCCUGUUGAUUUUACUCCCAUUGGAAAGAGUCUAUCUAUACAAAACUUCAGAAGUAAAGAAAAAGAUCAUAAUGAAAGUGAAGAACACGAUAAUGAAGCGCAUAAUGAAAGCAGCGAAAAUGGAAAGAAAUAAUCAGAAAAGAAGGACUGA